AUGAGAGCUAAUCUUUUCAAAAAGUGCUUAUAAAUUCACAAGAACACUAAUACUCUUUUUUCUGUUUCCAGAAGAUUCAAAUCAGAUUUACAAUACACCCCAGAGAAUAACUUUUUCUAGAAUACUUUUAACAGUAUCAGUUAAUCUUAAAAGUAAAAAGAAGUCAAAACUUAAUUCUAGCCUAAUGCAGUUUCUACUGAAGAAAAGCUAGGUGUUUAUGUCUUACCACACCCUAUAUGGACAAAAGAAGAUGUUGAAAAUGUUUAAAUUACUCAUUUCAAGCCAAAAAAUAUUGGCGAUAGAUUAUCUCAUUAUCUUAUUCAAAGUAUGAGAUUGGGUUUUGAUGUCAUGAGUGGCUACAAAAAGGUCUUCCCAUGGUAGUAAAAAAGUGGCGAAUUGACUGAAAGAGGUUGGUUAAACAGAAUGGUAUUCUUAGAAACUGUCGCAGGAGUACCUGGAUUUGUUGCUGCUAUGCAUAGGCAUUUACGUUCAUUGAGAAGAAUGGAACGUGAUUAUGGUUGGAUCCAUGUUUUACUUGAAGAAGCUGAAAAUGAAAGAAUGCAUUUACUUACAUUCUUAAAAGUAUAAAAGCCAACAUUACUUUUCAGAUUAGGAGUAAUUUCUGCCUAAUUUAAUUAUGUUUUGAUGUUUGGAUUACUAUAUCAAUUCUUCCCUAGAGUUUGCCACAGAAUUGUUGGUUACCUAGAAGAAGAAGCUGUAAAAACCUAUACUCACUGUAUUGAAGUUAUUAAUUAAGAAAAUAGUUCAAUUAGUCAUUGGAAAACUAAGAAAGCUCCUUAAAUUGCUAUUGAUUAUUGGAGAUUGCCUGAAAAUGCAACUAUGGAAGAUGUAAUUUAUGCAAUUCGUAAAGACGAAGAGCAUCAUAGAGAUGUAAAUCAUGAUCUAGCAAGCGACUACUCUCAGACUAAGGUGCUUGCAGAUACAACAUAAGAUGAACACUACAUUUGA